AUGGCAGCUGCAAGCAUCGACGCAGAUCUUGACCCCCUCGAACCCACUCUCCAGUCUAUACUUGACCAAAAGUCACUACGGUGGAUCUUUGUUGGAGGCAAGGGAGGUGUUGGAAAGACAACAACAUCAUGCUCGCUCGCCAUCCAGCUUGCACAGGUGCGCGAAAGCGUCCUGCUGAUCUCGACGGAUCCCGCGCACAACUUGAGUGAUGCGUUCAACCAGAAGUUUGGGAAAGAGGCGAGAAAGGUCGAUGGAUUCGACAAUCUGAGUGCGAUGGAGAUUGAUCCCAAUGGAAGCAUUCAGGAGCUUAUAGAGAAUGCUGAAGGAAAUGCAGCAAAUCCUUUGGGGAGCAUGAUGCAAGACUUGGCUUUUAGUAUCCCUGGUGUGGAUGAGGCAAUGUCCUUUGCCGAAGUUUUAAAACAAGUCAAAUCCCUCUCAUACUCUACCAUCAUCUUCGAUACCGCCCCAACAGGUCACACACUACGUUUCCUUCAAUUCCCAACCGUUCUCGAGAAGGCUCUCUCAAAGAUCUCCCAGCUGAGUGGGCGAUUCGGGCCAAUGCUUAGCGGGAUCCUAGGAUCCCAGGCAGGUGGAGCUGGCGGAGUCGAGGAAAUGAUGGGGAAGAUGGAGAGUAUGAGAGAAGUUAUCGGCGAGGUCUCAAAGCAGUUUAAAGACCCCGAUCUUACAACCUUUAUCUGCGUGUGCAUUCCCGAGUUCCUUUCACUUUACGAAACCGAGCGCAUGAUUCAAGAACUCAACAACUACCAAAUCGACACACACUGCAUUGUCGUCAAUCAGCUUCUUUUCCCACAGAAGGGCUCAACUUGCCCUCAGUGCAAUGCUCGAAGGAAGAUGCAGAGAAAAUACCUGGAACAGAUCGAGGAGCUAUACGAGGAUUUCAACGUUGUUAAAUGCCCUCUACUGGUUGAGGAAGUGCGUGGCAGUGACAAGCUGAGGAGUUUCUCAAAGAUGCUUGUCGAGCCAUUCAUUCCCCCAGAAGAGGAUGUGGAUGAAGAAUAA